UCUGACGCAAGUGUCUGCAUCAAGUUCAAACACGCAGGUUCAUCGCUGAAUUUGGAGCAUGCAUGCUCCUAACCGAACAAUUAUCUUCAUCAACAAUCGAACUCAUAAUUAAUGUGAACAAUAAUCAUCAAUCACUCAAUGGCUGCCACACGUAAUUUCAAUGGGGUCUCCGAGGACAUGGACACCAGCCUGUUGGACGUGGACAUGAACGACCCAGACCUGGAGGCACGUCUUUACGGUGAGAUCUACUACUCUAACGAGACAUAUCCAGAUCCAGUGCCCCAGGGCAGCCCAUCACCUCAGGUCAAUAAUUCCACAGCCGCUGGGACUCAAUGGUCUAUCGACCCUCAACCAGGACAGAGUGGAAAUCCAGGGGAAUCUCAUUAUCCGAGAAAAAAAAAGCACAGAGCCCUGAUUGAUGGGCUGCCAGGAUCGCCCUUCUCCCAGUUCUCCAGAGGACGGAAACCAGAAGGAGAUGAGAAUAACUUCAGGAAUCAAAAGACCUGGGAUUCGCAAAGGGUCUUCCCCAGAGGGGAUAGCCCGAGGGGCAGCCCCCCUGAACUGCAGAAGUCGAGAAAAUCGAGAGAGGCGAUCCCCUCAAGAGAAAAGAUGACUCAGAACACAGAAGAAAUUAUGGAAGAGGAUGAAGAGCCUGACAGCACCUCUCUGACCGCUCUGGACGAUGCAAUGACUGCUAAUACUACUUCUGAGUCCUCUAGAGAGCAUUCGACUCCCUCCAGGUCCCCCCAGAACACACCCCAGGAGGAUUCAACCUUCCAGUCACCGGCAGAAUCUCAGGACGACAGGAAAACUCCUGAAGAGAGUUCAAACUCCAAGUACAAGGUUCAAUGUAAAAAAUCCAGGAAAAAUCCUCCAUCUAUGAUUGUAGAGGACUCUGAUGACUCAAUCCUCGAGGUGCCAGUCCCUCCGAAGCCCCUGCCACCUCUUAUCAGUCUUCAGGAUUCUGAUGAAUCGAGUGACGAGUCACCAGUGAGGAUGGACAGGACGCCACAAGAAGAAGAGUCCUCUGAAUCCUCAUCCCUGGAAGUUAUUGACGAGGACACGACGACCCAACUGAUUAUUAAUUGCACUAGUGUGCAGAAGGGGGUGUCUAGUCUAGCGGAGAUCAAGAGGCAGAGGAAAGAGAGAGAGAGGAAUCCUGGGGGCCAGAGUGAUGAGGAGAGUAUGACAGAGAGUGAGGCCCUGAAUUGGGGGUCUCUGGAGGGCGAGAUUCGCGAGGAGGGAGAGCUGGUGGAUACUGAGGAGAGUGUUGAAGUCUGGGAGGGAAUCGUGGAGGAGAGUGACCAGAGGAGGAAUUUGCUGGACGAGUCUGGAUCCUCUGGAAAAUGCAGUGAAGGAAUGCCCUUGAUGGUGGCUGAGCAGAGGGUAGCUGAGGAUAAACGCUCUGAGGGACAGAAGAGGGCACACAGUGGAGGGAGUGAGGAGAGCCCCAGGAAGAAGAAAAAGAGGGAGAGGAGUAUGGGACUUCAAGAGUAUUUGUUCCAGCCCAUGCCCAAACAGCUCAGAGAUUUUUAUAAUGAGCCCAGGGGGGGAGAUAUUAUGAAAGACAUCAAGGAAAUUCAAAAUGCCAUGCCAAAGCAUCCGAGUCGGUGGGUGGUUUUAGACGCAGAUUUGUAUCCGAGACCGCGCAAGAAGAGGAAUACAUGCGCUAUCUGUCAAUGUGAGGGCCAUCUUCGUAGCAGAUGCCCAGAGAGGCCCAAGGUUCCCACUUGUCACGUAUGCGGAAUCGUCGGCCACUCUGAGCCCAGGUGUCCAGAGAGCAGAAAAUGUUUCAACUGCGGGAAGAAGUGGUCGACCUGCAGGAGAACCUGCGAACACUGCAAUAGUCUUCAGUGCAGCCAGUGCAAGGGGAAGGGCCACUGCAUUCGGAAUUGUCCUGACAAUUGGAGGAAAUAUCAUCAAACGACAUCAGGAGCAGCAGUGAACAUUCCCGCUGACCUGGGGAGUGUGCUGAAGCCGUCGCACCAGCUGAGCUGCAGCAAUUGCACCCGAAGAGGUCACGAGGCAUCGACGUGCCUGAGUUACCGUUGGUCAGGGCAUUUUUUCCAGUCUUGCAACGUCCGAGAUUACACCGCAGGUCCAAUCUACGCUUUGGAAGUUCCCCAGGUGCCCCAGGUAUCCCAGCUGCUAAAGGACACCCAUGAACCCAUCGACGCCAGCGGCCUGGGGAUUAACAGCAUUGGACCAUCGACUAAACUCUUCUACUUCCUAAACUCCCAGUCCCCAGACAUCUCCACCUGGAAGGAAUGUUCACUAAUUUUUAAUGAGCCCUCCGAUGGAAAAUCUCCCCCGGAUAGUCCCAUCCUUCCCAAUUUCCUGAGGACUCAGUUCAAACACUUCAAAGGUACCCUGAUGGAGGUCACUGUAAAACGAAGUCACGCACUCCAGAGACUUGUCAUCACGCUGAAAACUCCUGACAGUUCAACCCUGGAAAAAUUGAAGGAACUCGUACUCCAGUGGAUGAUGCGCUCCAGGGACGAUCAGGAGACGAUGAACAAGAUAAAGCGUCUACCAAUGACUUAUAGGGCCUUGGUGAGGGCUCUAAUUAAAGAAUUCAAUAACUUUAUGUGCAGAGCCGUCUCCAACAAGAUCUGGCUAAACCGCAGGAUGUGCCCAGCCCUCGAGAAGAACACUGCUGAGAAGACGCGCGAUAGAGCCAGUGGUAAUUCGCUGAGGACAAUGCAGCUGUUGGGGAACUUAAAAUUUGGGCGAGUCGUGGCGACCUACAAGUACAUGCUCAUUGGCACACCUGGGGACGUACUCAAACCCUUCUGGAAGUUCCUCAAAGUGCUGCAGGACCCUCCGGGGCUUCAGGGAGACUCUAUUCCUGCUGAUGUCCACAUCAAGGCUGUGUGGUAUUGCUUUGAGUUAUUCACUCCCCAUUUAUCCCCUAGUGUGCUCAACGCCUUGGAGGCCUGCAGAGGUGAUCCCACAUCGAAACUCAGGGGUGAGAGGGCCUUUAAGGAGUUCACUCUGCAGGUGAAGAGGAGUGGUAUGCGGUUUAGGAAGGAUCAACCAAAAUUGCCGUCCAUUGUUGACGUGCCAAUUCCUCCUCCAGAGGAAUUUUCCAUUUCUCCUGGAUGCUCCAGUAAACCCUUGAAGAGGAAGACUACGACCAGGAAGAAGGAUAAGCCUAUGAAACCUGCUCCCUUCCCGGGAACUCGAGACAUGAAUCAGCCGAAGGGCUCAGCAAAGGUAUCACGUGAGAUCAAAAGGGAUCAGCAGAGGGCUGCCGAGAAGAAGAGGAAGAGGAAGAGGAAAGAAUCUUCUAAUUGCUCCAGGAAUGAGCGGAUAGUCACACCUGAUGUUGUCGCUGAGAACACGAAAAAGGCUCUUGACUGUAAUUUGCAAGUCAAGGAAAAAAAUAUGAAGGACAUCGAGACCAAGUGCGGCGAGAACCUCGAGGGAAAUGGGGUCGACAAUAAAAGGCAAUUGAUCAAUAUGUGGAAUGACAUACGCAAUCAUUCAAUUAAGAGGGAUAACAAGAGAAUUUCGUGAGGAAUUGUUGGAGAAUAUUUUUUACUAAUGUUAAUAAAUAUUCAUAUUAUCAAUAAUUUCUCUCAUCCAUACAGAAAUAAUUCAUUUAUCUGCAUACGCCUUUCAAUUAAAUAAAAAAUUCUAGAAGCAUAGGAGAAAUGGGGAAUGAGAAAAGUGAAGGUAAAUCACUUCCUGAGUUUUCUCUGAAAAAAUCAAUCGACAAAAAAUA